CCGGCUUUGGUUUCCGUUCGGGGUUUUCCUUUGGAAAAACAACUGAACACUCUGAUGAUUGAGCCGAUGCGUGGUCUGAAGGACAGAUUCCCCUCUGACAUUGGAGUCCCUGAUGGGUCUGGUACUUGCCCUUCAAAAGCUUCCACCGGCAUUUGCUAUGCUAGUUAGUAGUCGUCCUGAGCAAGGAGUCAUAUUGGCUUGGUCUAAACCUCGAACUAAGGAGCUCACCAUACCAUGUGAAGACGUGGACAAGAUGGAGCACAAUGAAGAUUUCUAUACUGUCCGCCGCAUGGUGGAGGAUGGCCUUCGAGAGAACUCUUCGUGGAAGCCAACAGAGUGGGAACUCGAUGCUUUUUCCCGGGCUUGUCGUGGGUUGCCCGUCAUUGCAUCGAUCCGAAUUCGCGAUGUCUGCCGGCAGGCACGGCGUGGUCGCACCCUACAGUCCGCAUUCAAAGGCUUGCUUAGUGUCACUGAUACACCUGCCGACCUCAACCACGAAUACUUGCGAAUCCUUCGGCAAGCCUAUGAGGUAGAUUCAGCUGGAAUCCCCCCAGAUGUAUCCAAGAUGUAUCGCUUAGUAAUCACCGCAAUUCUUACGGCGUCUGGGCUGAGGAACGUGUCUUCCAUGUCGCAGAUGUUUGGGAUUAGUGAGGAUGAGAUCUAUGCGACGUUGGAACCAAUCAGCUCGAUCAUAAAUCUUCCCUCGGAGAACGAAAGUGAGAUCACCUUCUAUCACGCAACGGCACGAGAAUUCAUAACCGGGGAACCAAUUGGUGAUGAGAAAGACAAAGUAUUUUUCAUCGAUGAUGUGAAUGGGUAUCUCCUUGGAUUGCCGCUCCUUCGACAUUUCAACGAUUGUUGUGAGCGGAACGUGUUUGGGAUACCCACUGAUCCCAUUUCUUUAGGAGAACAAGAGAAAUGGGAUGAAUUUAAGGCGAAAAAGAAGGAUUAUCGCAGCCGCUUCCACUAUGUUGUUGAAAACUUAUUCAAGCACUUGGACCCUUCGCAACUUUUUUCACAAGAGUCCAAUGAAUUGCAAAACGAGUUUGAUUCCUUCAUUACGCGAAACAGCCUGUUAACAUUUAUGCACUUGCAAUACCACACGAGCGAGGUUUGGGAUGGACGCAUAUUUCCUUCCAAGUUACUUGAAUUUAACAAUCACGAUUCAAUCCAACUUCUGAGAGAUUUACAUCGGGUAAAUCAAUCCGCCGAGUACUCUCCAUGGAGGUUCUAUCGAAUGGAUCUCCCUUUCGCCCAACCCUCCGUUUACAAACAAUAUGGCCACCUCUCUGGCGUUCGGGUCUUCUCUAUUCAUGACAAGUUUGGUGACACGAUUGCAUUAAGCGAGGAUUUGUGCAGGGCCCAAGAAGUCAUGCACGCAAAGUUGACUGAAAGGGUUCGCCGAUGGGGACAGGAGAUCAACUACGAAGCUGAAUUCUACCAACCUGAUAUUCGUAAUGGCGUUGUGUCCUGUGCUGCACUCUCCCCUGAUGGUCGCUAUGUUGCAUUCGGGUUUGGCAGCGGUGUCAUCGAAGUUGCCGAUAUUGACCAUCAGCGUACGAUCUGCCAAUUGCAGCACAAUCCAGCCAAUCUCCCUGUCUGGGUUGAAUUUGUGCAUGGUAGCCACAGAGUUGCUACUGAGGAUAUUGAUGGGAACGUCACAGUCCUCGGCCAUGGCAUGGCCCCUGUGAAGCUUGGCAAUCUUCCUUCUGGUCUCUAUCCUGCUGAAACCGCCAUCUCAGAUAAUGGAUUAUUCAUCAUACGGGCACCACGAAAUUUCGACAACCCUUGGUACAAUAACAUGACGCUCAUAUCUGUCUCCGACUAUCCUUUCAUCCAGCCCCUCACCUCUCCUUCGGGCCUGUCCAUCCCUUUCGCACCCCCUCCAUCCAACCAUCGCCAUGGGGGCACUGAAUUCUCCUCAUCCAGGCCUCACCGUCGAACGUUUGGGUUCUCCCCAGGUGCACGAUAUGUCAGCGCGUUUGCCGGGUUCAACGCUUUCAUAUGGUCGACUCGAUCAUACGAGCUCAUUGCAUGUUAUCGUGUGACAGACUCCUUUCAUUGGAUCAUCAAUCCCAACCGUGUCCCUCCAACUCACUUGCAUCUCGUCCCUAAUCCUGUAUUCACUCAAGCCUCUCCUCCAUUGGCAGAAGACGAUACAGCUUAUGCACAUCGUUCUGAUGAUGCAGCGCAUGAUUCUGAAGAUAAGUCCUGGAUCAAGCGCCCAUUUUACGACCUCUCGCCAGAACUGAAUGACUACCGAGAAACGAAUGCCUGGUUGGCUUCCUCUGCAACAGGGGAAAACCCACUCAUCUGGUCUCAAUCAGUCAUGUUCAACGGCAGAAAAAUAUUUGAUCUUCCAGCGAAAUAUCAGCCAGUUACUUCCUUGCUCCCGUGGUACGGCCAUCGAGUGCCAGAAAGCGAUCGGCCCGGGCUUGGGCUAUACCGCCUUCAGUCCAGCAGGAAUGGAACUCGAUUUCUGGUCCAGGGCGAGUCAAAAGCCCCAAUUGUCAUCGAUAUUAGCCAAAUUGUUUAGCAUUUACCAAUUUGCGCUUAAGUACUCGUCACUUCCUUGACUAUACACUCAAUGCCUUUUAC